AUGACCGCCGCUUGGCUACUUCCUAUCGUCGCCCCUAUCGUCGCGGCCGCCACUGGGGGCAUCGUGAGCGAACAUCUACCAAACCCACAACACGCGCUUUGGACAGUGAUUGCAUCUUACGUCCUAUUGGCUACUGGCGUUCCACUGGCUAUGAUUGUACUAGGUAUCUAUUUUCAAAGGCUGACAUUGUUCAAACUACCGCCUCGCGAAGUGAUCGUCUCGGUUUUCCUCCCCCUUGGACCAUUAGGACAAGGUGGCUUCGCGGUCAUGCAGAUCGGAAAGGUGGCCAUGAAGGUGUUCCCGAAGACCUCAACUCUAGAUGUACCGAGCGGUAACGCUGGUGAGAUGUUGUAUGUGACGGGCUGGCUUCUGGGCAUCAUCAUGUGGGGAUUCGGUAUUGUUUGGCUUUUCUUCGCACUUGCUAGUAUCAGCAGAUCGAAGUUUCCCUUCAAUAUUGGAUGGUGGGGUUUUACCUUUCCGUUGGGCGUCUUUACUGUCGCAACGACGACGAUUGGUAAAGAAAUGCCCUCGAAAUUCUUCGACGUACUCGGCACGAUUUUCUCCGUCGCAGUGACGUUACUGUGGAUCAUGGUCGCUGCUGGAACGCUGAGAAAGCUUGCUAUGGGCGAGAUUCUAUUUGCCCCAUGCCUGAAAGACCUCGAAGGGAAGCAGGAGCUCGCUGAAGCGCAUUUGAGUGAGAAAGCUGCUUAG